AUGGGGAACCACUUUGAGAAGGGCCAGCAUGCUUUGCUCAACGAAGGAGAAGAGAAUGAGAUGGAGAUAUUCGGCUACCAGACUCACGGCUGCCGGAAAGCCCUCUGCCUCGCUGGAUCCAUCUUCUCAUUUGGGAUCCUCCCCUUGGUGUUUUACUGGAAACCUGCUUGGCAUGUAUGGGCAAAUUGUGUCCCAUGUUCCUUGCAAGAAGCAGACGUAGUGUUGCUGAGGACAACAGAUGAAUUCCAAACCUACUCUCGGAAAAAUGUAAUGUGGAUCUACCUGUCAGCAUUAAACAGUGCAAUUGGUCUCAAUCCUGACCACCCUCUCAUUACAGAUGAGGAGUGUCUCAUAAAUAGAGCUAUAAGAAAGCCAGAGCUAAAGGUGAGAUACAUAAAAGUGCAGAAAAUAAGAUAUGUCUGGAACAACUUGGAAGGACAGUUUCAGAAAAUUGGCUCUUUGGAAGACUGGCUCAGUUCUGCCAAGAUACAUCUAAAAUUUGGAUCAGGUCUAACAAGAGAAGAACAAGAGAUUAGGAGGUUAAUAUGUGGGCCUAAUAUUAUUGAUGUUGAAAUCACACCAAUUUGGAAACUGCUCAUCAAAGAGGUUUUAAAUCCGUUUUACAUAUUUCAACUAUUUAGUGUUUGUUUGUGGUUUAGUGAAGACUAUAAGGAAUAUGCUUUUGCCAUCAUAAUUAUGUCCACCAUUUCCAUAGCUUUGACAGUAUACGAUCUAAGAGUGCAAUCUGUAAAACUCUACCGUCUAGUUGAGGCACAUAAUCGCAUUACAAUUCCUGUAUGUGCGAGAAAAGCUGGAGUCGAAGAGCUGGAAUCACGCUUUCUUGUCCCAGGAGACCUAUUAGUUUUGACAGGGAACAAAGUGCAAAUGCCAUGUGAUGCCAUCCUGCUUGAUGGCAGCUGUGUGGUGAAUGAAGGCAUGCUGACAGGAGAAAGUAUCCCAGUCACGAAGACUCCAUUACCUGAGAUGGAUAGCUCUGUGCCCUGGAAAACACAGAGUGAAGCAGAUUACAAACGGCACAUCCUCUUCUGUGGAACAGAGGUUAUCCAGGCCAAGGGAGCUUCCUCCAGGACUGUGAGAGCUGUGGUACUGCAGACUGGAUUCAACACUGCAAAGGGAGACCUCGUGAGAUCCAUCUUGUAUCCCAAGCCGAUGAACUUUAAGCUCUACAGGGAUGCCAUCAGGUUCCUCCUGUGCCUCGUAGGGACUGCCACCAUUGGAUUGAUCUAUACUUUAUGUGUCUACAUUCUCAGUGGGGAAGAUCCCGGGGAGGUGGUGAAGAAAGCCCUGGAUGUCAUCACAAUUGCAGUUCCUCCUGCUCUACCUGCUGCCCUGACCACAGGCAUUAUCUAUGCCCAGAGGAGGCUGAAGAAGAGAGGCAUCUAUUGUAUCAGUCCCCAGAGGAUCAAUGUAUGUGGGCAAUUAAACCUUGUCUGCUUUGACAAGACAGGCACCUUGACAAGGGAAGGCCUGGAUCUCUGGGGAGUCAUGCCCUGCGAUAAGAAUGGCUUCCAGGAGGUCCACAGCUUUGCCUCGGGCAGGGCUUUGCCAUGGGGCCCACUGUGUGCAGCCAUGGCCAGCUGCCACUCUCUGAUCCUUCUUGAUGAGACCAUCCAGGGAGACCCUCUGGACCUCAAAAUGUUUGAAGCCACCAACUGGGAAAUGGCUAUUUCUGAGGACAAUUUCCACAUCAAGGGAGUGCCGGCACACGCUAUGGUAGUUAAGCCCAGCAAAACAGCCAGCCAGGUCCCAGUGGAAGGAAUUGCAAUCCUGCAUCAGUUCCCAUUCUCAUCAGCCCUGCAGAGGAUGACAGUCAUUGUCCAAGAGAUGGGGGGUGGCCGUUUGGUAUUCAUGAAAGGUGCGCCAGAGAAGGUGGCCAGCUUUUGUCAACCUGAGACAGUGCCAGCUAAUUUUGUUAGUGAACUUCAGAUUUACACGACACAAGGCUUCCGGGUCAUAGCACUGGCCUACAAAAAGCUGGAAAUGGACCACCACACUGCUGCCUUGAUGAGGGACAAGGUAGAAGCAGACCUGAUAUUUCUGGGAUUGCUGAUCUUGGAGAAUCGAUUGAAGGAAGAGACAAAACCUGUCCUGGAAGAGCUCAUCUCAGCCCGGAUAAGGACAGUAAUGAUCACAGGUGACAAUCUCCAGACUGCAGUAACAGUAGCCAGAAAUUCUGGAAUGGUUUCCGAAGGCCAGAAAGUCAUUCUCAUUGAAGCAAGUGAAAGUACUGGGUCCUCAUCAGCAUCCAUAUCUUGGAAAUUAGUAGAAGAGAAGAAACCCAUUGCAUAUGGGAAUCAGGACAAUUACAUUAACAUUAGGGAAGAAGUCUUUGAUAAUAGCAGAGAAGAAAGUUACCAUUUUGCCCUAAGUGGAAAAUCUUUUCAGGUUAUAAGUCAACAUUUCAGCAGCCUACUGCCAAAGAUACUGAUUAAUGGGACCAUCUUUGCAAGAAUGUCUCCUGGGCAGAAAUCUAGUCUGGUGGAAGAAUUUCAGAAACUUGAUUACUUUGUAGGUAUGUGCGGCGAUGGAGCCAAUGACUGUGGGGCUUUGAAAAUGGCUCACGUGGGCAUCUCUUUAUCAGAGCAGGAGGCAUCUGUGGCCUCACCUUUCACGUCCAAAACUCCAAAUAUUGAGUGUGUACCUCAACUUAUCAAGGAAGGACGUGCCGCCCUCGUUACCUCAUUUUGCAUGUUUAAGUACAUGGCUCUGUACAGCAUGAUUCAGUAUGUUGGUGUUCUGCUGCUCUACUGGGAGACGAACAGCCUAUCAAAUUACCAGUUUCUGUUCCAGGAUUUGGCCAUUACAACUCUUAUUGGUGUAACAAUGAAUUUGAAUGGUGCCUACCCCAAGCUAGUGCCUUUCAGACCUGUGGGACGGCUGAUCUCGCCACCUUUGCUGCUCUCUGUGAUUUUCAACAUUCUUCUCAGCCUGGCCAUGCAGAUUGUGGGCUUCAUUCUGGUUCAGAGGCAGCCUUGGUACAACAAGGAGAUGCACAGUGCCUGCACUGUGCACAAUAAAAGCAUUUCAAAUAUAACCAUGCCACCAACUGCUCCAGAAAAUGCUGGAAGUAAUGAAGACUUCAGAAGUUUUGAGAAUACAACUAUAUGGUUCUUGGGAACAAUCAACUGCAUCAUUGUGGCUCUUAUCUUCUCUAAAGGAAAACCAUUUAGGCAGCCGACCUAUAAAAACUAUAUAUUUGUCCUUGUGCUGAUUGUACAGCUGGCUGUGUGUCUAUUCCUCCUAUUUGCUGAUAUUCCAGAUUUAUAUAGGCGUUUGGAUUUGCUCUGCACUCCUGUCCUGUGGAGGGGCUGCAUUGUCAUUAUGCUCAGCUGCAAUUUCAUUGUAUCCCUUUUUGUGGAGGAGGCCAUUAUUGAAAACCGAGCCCUAUGGAUGAUGAUCAAAAGGUUCUUUGGCUAUCAAUCAAAAAGCCAGUAUCGGAUAUGGCACCGGGCCUUGGCAAAUGACCCUACAUGGCCCCCACUGGACCAAAUGUCUCCCUCUAACCUGCCAGAGUGUGGCAGGGACGUGUCUUAUAGCAACCCGGUGUUUGAGAGCAACGAGGAACAACUCUGA